UGUCUUCUCACACAUAUUUUUGAAACAACAGCCCCAAGCAUUGCCAAAGCUCGUCACUGUUCAUGACGACCAAUUGUGUGUGUCAGGAGGUCCCGUGAAUAUGUGAACUGCGCUCAUUUUGUGAUCAUGGCCUCUGACCAGCAUGUUGCUGGCUCGAAGUACCCAGGAUCAUUUUUAUCAAGGAGGAACCCCCAUCCAGCUCUGACGAAGCGUCCACAACAGACACAGGAAGGGACGACACUGUCACAAACUGGACUUCAGGUGCCCAAGGAGAGGAGGCUGUCCAAGGACUCGGAAGAUGUUCCUAUCGAAGCGACGGACGUGCCACCGGAUAUGGAGAGCUCGGACGGAAAGCAGCGGUUUGCAGAAGUGCGGACAGUGUGGGCAAUACUUCAGCAGUGCGGAAGUCCUGCUUCAGCACUCGGUCACGCACUCGUGGAACUCGCCGUUCUGGUGUCAUAAUUGUGGCGCCACCUUCGUGUGCCGGGAGGACCUCGGCGCAGCACUGAGAGCAUGCACGUCGAUAAGGAUCGGUUCUGCUGCGCACUGUGCAGCAAGAUAUUCGUCUGCGGGAGCGUGCUUCGAGGUCACACAACAGUUCACCAAGACCAUCCUGGAUAUCGUUGCCACCUGUGCCCCAUGGUGUAUGCCACGCAUCCGCAACUUUUGAAUCACCUGGACAGCCACAAUAAGCCUUAUAAGUGCAAAGUGUGCAACGACCGUUUCAUCAACAUCAAGGCGCUGUCUGGUCACGCAAGUGCCCACGUCAAGCUUCAGGGCGUCCGCCCCCUGCGCUACAAGUGCCCGCACUGCCCCAGGACCUUCUAUCACUCAGGACACCUGGCGGACCAUACGAGGACCCAUACAGGGGAGCGGCCCUUCAGCUGUGACGUGUGCAAGAAAAGCUUUACCCGGCACUCCACCCUGCUUGCUCAUAAUCGAAUGCAGCAUGCAAUAUAGCCAAAGAAGGGCAGCACUUGCGGGGCGUUGCACUUCACCGCCCUGCCAUGCCCCCUUGGAUGUCUGCGAGAAGGAGCUGGUGAUAGUUUUGAAUGUAUGGGAAUAAGCUGACCUUGCUGGCCAAGCACUAAGUGAUGAAUGAGGUGUUUAACAAA